AUGGUCUCACUGGCGCUGGUGAAGCGGCGAAUAUGGCUCUUCACGGUGCUGAGUGUGGCCUUCUUCAUCUCGUGCCUCGUGCCGCUCCUGUUGGACUCGAUCCACCCAGUGCAGGCAACCACAUACUACUGCGACUCGACCCAAGUCCAAACGAUGAGGCUCGAGUUGGCUAGGUGGUCGUGGGGUGCCUCCUGUGCGUCGGCAAACGCGUUCAUCGACGCAUUGCUCCCCAUCGUGGUUGAUGUAAAGAACCGCCCAGUGAAACCUCCCACGAGCGCCAGUCUCAAUGCGUUUUGCACGGCCGAGUGCACCAGCGCCAUUCGGAACCUCACAGCGUAUCCAUUUCAGCCCUGCGACACAGUGUUGGACGGCAUCACCCGGUCCAUUGGGUCGAUUCCUCCACGACUAUGCCCUAAUGGAUCUUCAGUCGUAACAGUACCUCCUGCGCCGACGACGUCUGACCGUGCCGGUAAGUACUGCGACUAUGCAAGAUUGGAUUUCGCUUUUGGUCCUAAGGGCCAAGUGCCGCUACGUGGGUCUUCCGAUCCAUGCACCCAAGCUGCGGCCAAAGUCUUCUUCCCCGACAUUACUGGGGACGGAAUUCCAUUCUUCCCUGUGACUCUCGAUGCAGUUGAUGCACUUUGCGCCAAGUGCCCCGACACCGUCAAUAUGCUUCGGAACGCCACGAUGCCUCCAUGCGACACCAUCAUCAACAACAAAACCAUAAGCUUCGCCAACAUCACGGCGCGGAUGUGCCUCGUAUUUGACAUCACAGCCACCAACCAGACCAUAACGAAUCGAUCAGCCACUUAA